AUUUGGUUAGCCUCACUGACGAGAACAAUGGACGUUUCUUACCCCUCUCUAGGAUUACCCCUGUCAAAACAUGGGAAGUGUGUUUCUUACAUUAUACGUAACGACCAAUUAUUUUAGCCACGUACUCAUUCGCUAUUUGAAGACUAGAAAGAAAUAUGUUAGCAUGACCCGUAAACAUGGGAGAUAUGACAUUAAAUGUCAGGCCAUUUGUGCGACAGAUUGUAAGAGAGGCAUACAAUAUUCUAGCAAACCCUAAAAAUGAAAGUGAAUGUGUGGAAUGUCUACAGAGAAUACAGAGCCUGCUACCUGCGAGAGAGAAUGCUCUAGGGAAGUUGAAUAUUUCACAAGAAGAUAUAGUAACUGCUCAGGAAGAAUUUGCAGAAAAUCAUUAUGUGAGAUUUCUUGACUUCCUGGUGAAAUGUUUGAGUGUCGAUUGGCUCUCUAAUUUACCAAAGGAUAGGAUUCCUGAACUUUUUGACAUAUUCUUCCUAGAUGGAAUACCAGAAGAAGCAUUUCUGAUCCUAACAAGUGCAAUACAAACUCUGAGCCAUGGUUACAAACUAAACAAAUGUGCUGUCCUGCUUGAAGAAUUCAUCAAACAACAUAAACUAAGAGUACUUUUGUGGAACCAGUGUGUGAUCAUCCCAGACAAGAGCAGAACCAAAGAAAACCAACAUUCAGUUAUGUGGGAUGACCUGGUUACCACACUUGCAAUGUUGCCAGAGAGGAUAAUCAAUAAAACAAAGCAGGAGACAAGUGACAUCUUUUACCCCCAGAAUUAUGGCCCAUUUCUUGCAAAUGAAAUGUUAGUGGUGCUGCACCAGGUGUAUAGUGCUGUGAAGAAUGGCUCUGAUGUUUCUCUGUCUUUCUUCAGUCAGUUGUUAGGGAAAUUGUGCAUCACUGGUAGUGCAGACCGGAUAUGGUCAGUUUUACUUCCCAGUUUUACUACUCUCACCAAUCAAGACUUUAUCUGGUGUAGAAUUUGUGAGCGUCUUGUCUGUGAAGUACCUGACAGGUGUAUUGAAAGUACCAUUAUUCCAGUAGUAAGGGAUGCAGCGUGGUAUGGCACUGUGAACAAACUACUAGGGGAUGCUGUUCUUUCAAAACAAAAACUGAAGUAUUUGUUCACUAACAAACUUCUUCUAUACAGACACUUUAAACAGGACCUGAUAUUACAGAACAUAGUUGGGCACCUGGCAAGUUCCCAUACAAGAAAGCCUCUGUUUAUCCAGGUUCUUCAGACUCUUCUAGAAGUAUGGGGAGACAGCAGUGCAGUGAAACACACGGCAUAUGAACAGCAUCAUUACAUUUCCAGGGCAAUUCUUAUUGGCAUAGGACUCUUGAGUGAUAGGGAUAAGGAACAGCAUAAAGGAGACUUAAUAAGAAAACUGAUGACCGGUGUCCAGUGUCACAUAGACAACCAGGCCUUCAAAGUAAGACUCCUUGGUAUGGUUGUGGCUGAGGCACUGACCACAGCUCUGGACCCCAAAGGACCCAAGUUAGAAUUUGAGUAUGAGAAGACAGAAGAGGUGAACCACCUGCUUUCCCUAGUCACUCCACCUUCUGAUCCAGGCUUAGUUGAUAUUCAAAGAGAUUUUCAAACAGUAACACUCGCUGAAAAUGACUCUAAGGUGAAGGAAAAUUGUUCCACAAAGGAGCAGGAGCAGAUAAUAGAAGCGGCAAAUACAGAAGAACUUGACAGUGAUGAUGACUUGGAGCCAUAUGAUAUGUCCAAUGACGCACCAGUUACGAAGACAAAGGCCCCCAGAUACGUGCGGGACUGCAUGGAAGGUCUCAUAACAUCGGAUGACCCAGAAAGAGUUGAGUCUUGUCUAUGUGCUGCUGCUGAUCUAAUAAGAUCCAAUCCUGUUGGACUUAAAGAGAUAGCUGUUGAAUUCAUCAAGAUCCUACUGCACCUCCAGGACUCUUUUACUUUACUAAACUUCAUUUCCUUGCGACACAGCGCCAUGGUUGCUCUGGGCGUAUCUUGUCCUGUGGAGGUAUCCGCCUAUUUGACUAAAGAGUUCUACAGAAGAAACUAUAACAUAAGACAGAGAAUGGAUAUGUUGGAG